AAUACCACUGUCGCCUGUCUGUCUCGUCUCCAGGAUCUCUCCAGAUCAUUCUGGAUCUCUCUCUCCUCGCCCCUAUAGUGGAUUUGGAUAUGGGAUAGUGAUCCACCAAUGGGAUGGUAGCGAUCUGGUGAUGGGGAAUCCAGUGGAGGGCUCUCUUCUGUAUGAUGGUCAGAGACACUCUGGCAGGAACCACAGUGGAACCAUCGCAGAACCACACGGCACCCACACAGAACCAGGAUGGAACCCAGAAGCUUCCAGGGGCAACCCUAGAACAGGUAGAACAACAGAACCAACUCCUAGAACUCGAGAACUUAGAACUCCUAGGUCAAGAGAAUGAACUCUUAGAACCUGUGAACCUAGAAGAACAGAUCCAACUCUUAGAACUAGAGAAUACGGUUCAGACCAGCACAGACACCUGGACCAGACCUCCAGACAAGACCAGUUCUGGCGGUCCCCUCCAUCCCUGGUGGCCUCAACAGAGCAGCUUUAGAGCGGCUAGACCCAGUGUCCCUUUCCCCUGGCCAAGCCCCAGUGUCCCUCUCCACUGGCCAAGACCCAGUGUCCCUCUCCCCUGGCCAAGACCCAGUGUCCCUCUCCACUGGCCAAGCCCCAGACCCUGCUCUGUCCCCAUUCCUCUCCCCUGCCUCAGACCACCUCUCCACUUGCCAUAUCCGAUCCCAGAUUCCUGGAUCACACACCUCCGGCCCUUCUUCAGCCAGCAGGAGUAUGUUCUAGUGCGCCACACACACCAUCAGCUGGUUCACAGUGGCUACUACUGGGGCCCUAUGGAGAUGGAGGAGGCCCACAGCACACUUCUACACACACCGCCUGGGAGCUUCCUCAUCAGGGACAGCAGUCAGCCGGACGUCUUCUUCACCCUCAGUUACCACGGCGACCAGGGGCCCAUCAGUGUCCGCGUCCUCUUAACCAGUCAGAGGUUCCGCCUCAACGGCAGUAACAAGGCCUUUGAUUCAUUGUUCGCCUUGCUGCGGUUCUACAUGGAGUCAUCCCAUAGGCGGCUGCGGACGGCGUGGCGCAGGGAGCGACCAAUGACCUUACAGCAGCUGUGUAGGGGGCGAAUCAUCGAGUUGUACGGAGCGGAGAGGAUAGAUUCGCUACCUGAGCUUAACCAGGUGGUCACACAGUAUCUACAGGACUAUCCUUAUAGUAUAUAGACACACCCUCCUACUGGAGAGUUUGGGGAUCAGUUCCAUUUCAGCAGACUACAACUUUCUGAACGGUACUGACCAAAACUAAAAUGGAAUGGAGCCCCAGAAAACUGAAUGUGAAUUUGCUGUUUCUUACUCUCUCUGUCUCUGGUCUGUGGUUCUUAUCUGUGUGGUUCUGUCUCUGGUCUGGUUCUGUGGUUCUGUCUCUGGUCUGUGGUUCUGUCUCUGGUCUGUGG